AUGCCGGAUACAGCAGUUAGAAGUGAUUUGCUACCGACCAAAACAAUAAUUGUCUACAAAAACGGAGACGCUUUCUUUCCCGGAAGAAAAUUAGUAGUAAAUCCGCGGCAGUUGUCAACUUUUGACAGUUUUCUGACAUUUUUGACCAGAGGGCUUGAGGCUUCUUUCGCCGUCAGAAAUCUUUACACUCCCAGAGAGGGCCACAAGGUUCAGCAUUUGGACAACUUGAUGCAUGGCAGUGUGUAUGUUGCAGCCGGGCAAGAGCAUUUCAAAAAGCUGGACUAUUCUGCAAUUACAACCAAGAAGCCACAGAAUAAGAAAGAAGAACAGAUCCGACCUGUUGUUCACAGCAGAUUGGUAGUUUCUGCUCGCUGUAAGAAAGCUACUGAUGAGUCUUGCACCAUAAAUGUCUUCACCAACGGAGAGGUCUUGGUUGCUUCAGUUCGAAUACGGAUCCCAAAGUUUACUCUUAGAAGCUGGGAACAUGUUUUAGCCAUGGUGACAGAGAAAGUGGGACUUCGCACUGGUGCUGUUCAAAGGCUUUGCACAUUAGAUGGGCGUCCUGUCCGCGGUCCCACUGAACUGGAGAACAACCAGUACUAUGUCGCAGUUGGUGCAGAAAAAUUCAAAGCUCUCCAAUAUGAUCACUGCAACCCCUGCAGGGAUGUAAUGAGGGAAAACAACAGAAUUGAAGGCCAAGUCACCCUGCCUGCAGUUGGAAAGACAAGACCUCCAAAGGUUGCGUUUGCUCACACAGGCUUUAGAGAGGACCUUGAGCACACAGCCAGGGGCCAGAUGAAGAAACAAGCCAAACCGGAGAGAACCAAACAACAGAGGCAGGUGUCCAGAAACCCAGUUCUCUCCUCCACAGGGGAGGGCAGUGUGUUCAAUGCACAAAACAAAAGAAGGGAGAUGGCAGGAGCAGCCGAGGUGCAGGAAGACGACCAGUUAAAGGUGCACCUGCCUAUUGAUCAGGUUGAGGCCAAGAUAGUUGACGAGGAGUACGAAGAUGGACGUUUUUCUGUCUCCCUCCAUGAUUCAGACAGCUUCUGUCUGCAGAGUUCUUUGUUUGCAGCUUCCAGUAAGGAUAGCAGAGUUUCUUCGAGGCGAGGAGGCACAGGGCGCAGUACUGAAGACACAGGAUUAAAGACACCUGAGAUUAGGGCCUGUCUGAGAUGGGUAGCUGGCUCCAGGCCCCCCAAUAAGCUGCAGGCCAGGGGCCACUCCCAGAGAGAGAGAGAGAGAGGGAUGGAUGGAGAGGGAAGGGGCUUGUUAUGGAUAUGUGUGCCAAGGUGCUCAGAAACGAUGUGGAUGAGGUCGAGGACAUGA